AUGAACCAUUUAGAUGGCUUUCACAUUAUGAUAGUUUUGAAAUGCUUUUCUUCUUUCCAAGACUUCAUAUCUCUUGAAUUAGUAUGUAAGAAAUACGCUUCAACUAUGUCUAAGUUUCAUUACAACCCAAUUUUUCUUACCCAAAGUAAACUGAUUUUUUUCGAAAAUUUAGAGACUUUAAUUCUAUGGCCACAAAACAAUUUUUUGGCUUUUAAACACUUGACACCAUACUUUUACAGAGUUGACUACAAAACUGCUAUGAACAUGCUCGACAUGUAUUCCGAAAACAAAUUCCAAUCAAUUAAAAAUACUCGUGUUCGAAUGCACUCGAUUAUUUUCAAAAAUGUUGUGUACACACAAAAAGACAAAAUUGCUUUCAACAGUCAUUUGUCUGAUUUGGUCACCAAAAUCGAUGAAAAGUGCUUUUUUAAUGAACAAGAAAUGAAAUCCAUAAAUAUACCAACUACAGUCACUUGUAUUGAUAACGAAUCGUUCUUUCAAUGUACUUCUCUAACAUCUUUUAUAUUUCCAUUGUCACUGAGACGAAUAUGUGAUAAAUCUUUUGCUGAAUGUCGAUCAUUAGUCGAGGUGGUCUUCCCAAGUCGACUCACCUCUAUCGGGUCACUAUGUUUUUAUGGGUGUUAUUCUCUCGCCUUUGUGAAGUUCUGA